UGAAUGAUGAAUGAUGAAUUGAUGGUUUUCCCAAAAAGCGAAGGGCCAUAAUUGAAGAGUUCUCUCCAAAGGGUGGGAAAGAAAAAAUGAAGAGAGAGUGAUAGGUGAGUGGGGAGAGAAAGACAGAGAGAGAAAGCGGGUCAGUUUCUUUUUGGAGUAUUGGGUCAGCUUCUUUUGGCAAUGCCAAAGUUGGUCACGCUCUCUGAAAAUGCAGCAGCUGCAGCAGCAGGAGGCAUGAAGAACAACAACCUCACCACUCCUUCAAAUAUCAUCAUUUCUCACUCGUUACUUCACUUUCUUCUUUGCUUCUCUCUCUUCUUCCCUCUCCUUUCUCAUUCUUCUCCUCAUGGCUGGUCUCAUCGAUCUCAACAACGCAACCGAAGACGAUGAAAUGCCGUCGUCUGGCUCCUCCUCCACCGUGUGCCUCGAGCUCUGGCACGCCUGCGCGGGUCCAUUGAUUUCCUUGCCCAAGAAAGGGAGUGUUGUCGUGUACUUCCCUCAGGGACACUUGGAGCAACACCUUCACGAUUUUCCGCUCCCUGCCUCUGCCAACAUCCCCUCCCAUGUCUUCUGUCGCGUCCUCGAUGUCAAGCUUCAUGCUGAGGAAGGGAGUGAUGAAGUUCAUUGCCAGGUGGUGCUGGUUCCCGAAACUGAGCAAGUACAUCAGAAGCUGCGGGAGGGGGAAUUUGAUGCUGAUGGUGAAGAGGAGGAUGCUGAAGCUGUGAUGAAGUCCACGACGCCCCACAUGUUCUGCAAGACUUUGACUGCUUCUGAUACCAGCACUCAUGGUGGAUUCUCCGUGCCUCGUCGCGCUGCGGAAGAUUGCUUCCCUCCCCUGGAUUACAGUCAACAGAGGCCUUCACAGGAGCUUGUGGCGAAGGAUCUCCAUGGCCAGGAAUGGAGGUUUCGACAUAUUUAUAGGGGGCAGCCACGAAGACACUUGCUUACUACCGGUUGGAGUGCAUUUGUGAACAAGAAGAAACUUGUAUCUGGAGAUGCUGUUCUGUUUCUUAGGGGUGAGGAUGGAGAAUUGAGAUUGGGAAUUCGUAGGGCGGCUCAAUUGAAAAGUGGCAGUACCUUUUCAGCUCUUUCUGGCCAGCAAUUGAGUCCUACCAGUCUUAUGGAUGUGGUUAAUGCUUUGUCUGCAAGAUGUGCCUUUAGCAUUCACUAUAAUCCGAGGGUCAGUACAUCUGAGUUCAUCAUACCUAUCCACAGAUUCUUAAAGAGCCUUGAUUAUUCUUAUUCAGCUGGAAUGAGGUUCAGGAUGCGCUUCGAAACCGAAGAUGCUGCAGAGCGAAGAUUUACAGGAUUAAUUGUUGGAAUUGCUGAUGUGGAUCCUGUUAGAUGGCCUGGAUCUAAAUGGAGAUGCCUAAUGGUAAGGUGGGAUGACUUAGAAGUCACAAGGCAUAAUAGGGUUUCCCCAUGGGAGAUUGAGCCAUCUGGUUCUGCUUCUACUGCAAAUAACUUGAUGUCAGCUGGUUUGAAGAGGACCAAGAUUGGAUUGCCUUCAGCCAAGCUAGAAUUUCCAGUUUCCAAUGUGAUUGGAACAUCAGACUUUGGGGAAUCACUAAGGUUCCAGAAGGUCUUGCAAGGUCAAGAAAUGUUGGGUGUUAAUCCUACUUAUGAUAGUAUUAAUGCUCAGAGUCACCAGGUAUCUGAUUUGAGGAGGUGCUAUCCUGUCUCAAACUAUCCUAGGAUUGCUGCAACAGGAAAUAACAUUGGAAUCCCACAAGUGAGUUCCAAUGUUUCCAGCAAUGGCAUAGGCUUUAGUGAAUCUUUCAGAUUCCAGAAGGUCUUGCAAGGUCAAGAAAUAUUUCCAAGCCAACCAUAUGGAAGGGCCCUGUCUGUUGAUGAGGCUUGUGGAAAUAGUCGCUGUGGACUCUUUGAUGGUUACCAGGUGAUGAGAUCCAGAAAUGGAUGGUGUUCCGACAUGAGUAACAAUUCCUCAAAUUUGCAUCCUCCUGUUCCAUCUGGGCAAGUUUCAUCUCCAUCAUCUGUGUUAAUGUUCCAGCAAGCAGUCAAUCUAGUUUCAAACUCCGAUUAUAACAACAAAAUUAGUCAGGUGAUGGGAGGUAAGUUCCAUCAACGAGUUCCAUAUGCUUCUGAUGUUAAAGGUGGAAAAUUUGUAUCAACCCCCUAUGAGCCUCUUCUCUGUGGACUAGCUAAGGAAGGCACAAAUUCUUUUGGUCUUUCAAACUUUCAUAAUCAGCUGGAUAGUUCACGUUCACACGAUUCCAUAUCAGUACUGAGAGCUAAUCAAGAGUUGGUUCCCUCGUGUAAAAGUAGUUGCAGAGUCUUUGGUUUUUCAUUAACUGAGGUUGCUCCCAUUGCAAAUAAAGAGGCUGCUGACUCAUCUUCUGUAGCAUGUUCUGGACCUUCCUUUACAAGACACGUUGAUGAUGAUUUCCAUCCAGGGCAUUCACUUAGGAGCAAGGCAGUGGCAAGUUAUUGCACCAAGGGUGUGCUGCAAUAUUGACUAUGAAAUCACGAUGUACGCUAGUACUGAUGCUGGCAUAAGGUAGCAGAAUACAAUGUCCACAGUUGUUGUACUUGUGUGCUUUGCUCUAGUAACUUGGAGUAUUGGAGACAAAAAUAUUGUAACUAUUUGCCUAAUUUAGAUACUUUUUAAUUAGGCUAUGACCACAUUCUAGUUCUUGUAUUAAUCUUUUAUGUUCUCUUUAUUGGCUGGCUUGUAUGGGGAAAAACCUCUAAACGAUGCAUGUUUAUCCACCGUUUUGGCCAUAUGCUGAACGAAGUAAGCCAGGUGGUUGUGCAUAACCCUUCAUUUAUCUUGAAUUGGGCAUUUGAUUACAUUAGAGAGCAAUAACGCUUCAUGUUUCAUGUCCUUAA